GACAUACUCUGCAACAACACUUUGUUGUAAGCCUUCCAAUUCCAAAGAAAGAAACAAAAAUGGCGGUAACAAAGCAAGUGCCGGAGGUUGAAGAAGAGAAACUGCUGAGAAAGAGGAACGAGGAGCUGGAGAUAGAGCUGAGAAAGAGCCAGGAGAGAGAGGAGCGCAUGAAGGCUGAGCUGCAGAAGGCCCGUGAGAGGCUAAGAGUCGCCGAGGAGGCAGAGGAGCGGCUCUGCUCACAGCUCGGUGAGCUCGAAGCGGAGGCCGUCGAUCAGGCUCGUACAGAUCACGCUCGGAUUCUGGCCCUCAUGAACCAGCUCUCUCAGGCCCAACGCCUUCUCCAGGCUUCAUCCGUUGCGCAGCCUUUGGGACUCGCUUCCAAAUGACAACGUACAAUAAGCUCAGUUACUAACCGUUUCGUCUUCUUUGAUUUUUUUUCUUCCUUUUUUUAUUGGUUGAACAAAAAAAAAAUUGGAAUUUGGUUGUUAUUAUUGUUGUUGUUGUUGUAUUUUUGAGUUGGGAUUGGUCCGUUGUAGUUGUUGGUUGUAAUUGUGUGUUGUGUAGAAAGUAAUUUGAUGAUGUGAAUCAUUUGAUUUUGAUCCAUCUUCUCUUUCAAGAAAAUAAAACAAAUAUAUAGAAGAAGAAAUAUAAAGUUUGUUACUUUGAUCUGAUUAA